GCCGAUUUGCAUCUUCUCUCGCCGCCACUCUCUCCUCUGCUCAAUUUCAGUCUCCCACAGUCGAGCCUCAAGAGACCCGUGUGUAAGCAGUGGAGCGAUCACUCUCGUUUGACGCGCGGCGAAGGUUCUCUUGGCAGCCAUAUUCUUUUCUUUCAUUCCUUCUUUAUCCGUCUUCACCAUUGUCAAAGCCACUCAUUUUCAUUGUCGCUCUUAUCUGAUUUCUUUCGACUUCGAUCUUUAGCGAAUUUUGCGCUUGCGAUACCCCGGUGGAAGUGAAUCGCAGCUCAGGAUCCCGAUCUCUCUUCGUUGCGCCGCCUUGCAUCCUUUUUGGACAGACUGGAUCUGGACGACCAUUCCCAUUUUACUACAACAAAAAAGAUCCGUAUUCGACAGCCUUGGAAUAAUCCGAAUUUGAGAGAUUGCUAUUAGCCAUGAGGUCUCCAUUGGUGGCUGCGACAGCAGCACUCGGUCUGCUGAGCCAAGGGGCCAACGCCAUUUCCUUAACUGUGGGCGACGACACUUCCACGAAGAAUGCCGCUGGUACCGUCGCAUUCGGUUUGAUGAAGUUUUACACAGGCAAUAACACUGGCGACAACCCUGGAAACCUGCCAAGCCCUUACUACUGGUGGGAGGCCGGUGCCAUGUUCGGAACUAUGAUCGAUUACUGGUUUUUAACAAAGGAUUCGACGUACAACAAUGUCACGAUGCAAGCGAUGCUCUGGCAGGCUGGCAAAGACGGCAGCUUCAUGCCCACGAAUCAGACGUUGACUGAAGGAAACGACGAUCAAGGAUUUUGGGCCAUGUCUGCCAUGUCCGCAGCUGAAAACGUCUUUCCCAACCCGCCGUCCGAUCAGCCGGGCUGGCUGGCAAUGGCUCAGGCCGUCUUCAACCAGUAUGUCGGCCGAUGGGACCCCCAUUGCGGUGGAGGUCUCCGAUGGCAGAUUUUCCAAUGGAACAAGGGUUACGACUACAAAAACUCCGUCGCCAAUGGUUGUUUCUUCAAUGUUGCUGCUCGAUUGGCCCGCUACACUGGUAAUCAAACGUAUGCAGACUGGGCACAGAAAGUCUGGGACUGGGAGCAGAAAAUCGGUCUCAUCGGAAGCCAGUACCAGGUCUUUGACGGUUUGAGUAUCGAUUCAAACAACACGUGCGGAAGCAUGGACCAGAAUCAGUGGACUUAUAACGCAGGUUUAUACAUGGGCGGCGCUGCAGCCAUGUAUAACUACACAAAUAACGCGACCUGGAAAGCCAACUUGGAUGGCAUCGUCAAGCAGACGCAAUCGAAAUUUGUCAACAACAAUAUCGUUUACGAGCAGUUUUGCGAGCCCCGAGGCUUCUGCAGUGUUGAUCAAAGCACGUUCAAGGGCUACCUGCUUCGCUACAUGGCCUCCACCAUCAAAAUGGCCCCAUAUACCGCAUCUACUCUCAUGCCACUUCUCAAGGCUGCUGCUACUGCCGCUGCCUCCGUCUGCACCGGCCCAGCGUCCGGCACAUUCUAUGGAAUUACAGGCACAGGAUGUGGCUUCUCGUGGAUGCAGCCCGGUAAUUAUGACGGUAAAAACGGCGUUGGCUCACAAAUGAACGCUCUCGAUGCCGUCAUGUAUACCAUGAUCCAAGAAGCCCCCGACUUGGCAACGGCGAAAAAGGGCGGUACAUCCAAGGGCGACCCCGGCGCGGGAAUGGGCAACAUUGACCCUGCAGGCGAGAUUGACAAUGUUACGAAGCCCACGACUGGUGGAAAAGUUGGAGCAGCGAUCCUCACUCUCCUAUUGCUCAUCAGUGUCCUAGCUGGCAGCGCGGUGCUACUGCUAUGA